AUGGCGGACGCCAACGGAAGAAAGAGGAAGAGAGACGGCGACGCCGCCGUCAAGGCGAAGAAGCAGGCUACCGGAAUGCCGUCAAAAUUCACGAUCUCUUCGAUUUCACAGGCCAAGCUCUGCCCACCUGUCGUUGCCUCUUCCCCUGGCAUUAGGAUAUCAAAGAACACUCCUUUUACCCCAUACGUCAAGUCAGACAUUCAAUUGUCAGGCAGGCGCAAACAGAAGACCCCCGCAGUGGCGCAGGACCUCGUUCUGCACUCGAAUACUCACCAGACGAUGGACUACACGGCUAGAGAAGACGGCAACGGCGACUCCGAAAAGUCGUUGAAGCACUACAUUGGAGUGUUUGACCCGAAGACGGGCAAGCUGGAAGUGGUGGAGGCCAAGAAGAUGGUGGUUCGGGGCACAGCCAGAGCCAAGCAGGCCUCAGAUGAGGCAAUGACUGCGCCAGCAGACUACCAGAGCUUCUACGCGCUCAAGACCGAUCUUGGUCAGACCUUCGGUACGAGGAAGGCCAAGAAGGCCAUCGAGUCUGUCACACUCAACGCCAUCGACCCCAACAAGGGCAAGGCUGGCGCUUCGCCCCGCAAGUCUACAGCCGCGGACAAGGCAACGCUCAAGCAGAUCGGCGAGAUCACCGCGACUAUGGCGUCCAAGGAAGAGCUCCAAGACAUCGUCGACCAGGCCAAGCCCGUCCCCCGUCCCAACCUCGAGGCCGACGCCAUCCAGGAUGUGUACGAUCCCGACGAGUUCAUCGGGCGCGAGGUCCUCGCCGCUGUCCCCGUCAAGGACUGGAUCGAGCCCACCAAGAAGGGCGAGGACGUGCAGGUCUACUCCAGGCACGUGGCUGCGCGCGUCAAGAAGAUUGUUGACACUGGAAACGUUACCAAGAUCCGCCUUCUGCGCUACUUCUACUUUUUGUUCCUGUUCUAUACGAUGGCACAACCAGGAAAGCAACGCGGCACGAAGCGUGUCCCUCCCCGCGAAAAGCUCAAGGAGAAGCUCGCGCCGGCUCCUCAGGCUGUUAUCGAGCAGAUCCGUCGCAAGUUCUCAGAUGGCGGCGAGAUCCGCAAGUUCCACAGCGAUUUGCUUAUUGCGCACUGCUGCGCUUUGGCUUGUAUCAUCGAUAACUUCGAGGUCGAUACUUCUAAGCUGCGGGAGGAUAUGCGUCUCGACCAGAAGGAUAUGAAUACCUACUUUUACGAGAUUGGUGCCCGCGUAAAGCCUGUCGCUGGCAAGGAGAAGGGCAAGCAACACCAUGUUGCGAAAUUGGCCCUGCCACUACAGUUCCCCAAGCUCAGAUCUCUCGCACCCAAGCGCCGCUAG